CGAAGUGUGAAAGAUGAAGCCCUCAGCCCUCAUGUUCCUCCUUAUCAGCUCUGCCGCCUGCAUCAAUCUCAAAUACAUCUCCAAGAGAAACUCGGUGGACGGCUGCAUCGAUUGGUCGGUAGACCUGAAGAGGUACCGGGUCCUAGCAGGGGAACCAGUGAGGGUGAAGUGCGCCCUGUUCUACAGCUACAUCAGGACCAACUACUCCAUGACUCAGAGCGCCAAGCUCCGGCUCAUCUGGUACAAAAACAAAGGGGACUCUGAGGAGCCUAUCAUCUUCUCCGGCCAUCGGCUCAGCAAGGAGGAUGACUCCAUCUGGUUCCGCUCAGCUGAGCUGGAGGACAACGGCUUCUACACCUGUGUCCUGAGAAACUCCACCUACUGCAUGAAGGUGUCCAUGUCCUUGGCGGUAGAGGAGAACGACGAGGGCCUGUGCUUCAACAGUAAAAUACGUCACCUGGAGAAAGCCGAGAUCACUAAGAGCAAGAUGAUCAACUGCCCCGACAUCGAGGAUUACCUCGCCCCUUACAAGCAGCCCCAGAUGACCUGGUAUAAGGAGUGUGAGAAGAGGACGUGGCGGAGCUCCAUCAUGGUGAACAUCACCAACAUCUGGUUUCCUGAGGUGCAGGAGGACGACGGGGGGAACUACACCUGUGAGCUCAAGUAUGGCAGCCGGGUGGUGAGGAGGACCACGGAACUCAAAGUCACAGCUCUCCUCACAACCAGACCCCCAAAGGUCCUGUUCCCCACUGAGAGACAGGCCAGUGUUAUAGAUGUCCAACCGGGUAUGCCCCUCAGUCUAGACUGUAAGGCCUUCUUUGGCUACAGCGGGGAGUCUAGACAUAUCAUCUACUGGAUGAAGGGGGAGAAGUUUGUGGAGGAGCUGGCAGGUCACAUUAAAGAAAGUGAAGUCAGGGUGCUGAAGGAACACUUGGGGGAAAAGGAGGUGGAGCUGUCCUUAACCUUCGACGCGGUGGAGGAGACGGACCUGGGAAACUACACCUGCUAUGUGGAGAACCACAUUGGACGGAGGAGCGGCAGCGCCAUCCUGCAGAAAAGAGACAUGUACAGGCUAGAGCUGGCUGGUGGACUGGGAGCCAUCCUGCUGCUACUGGGAGUCUUCACGGCCAUCUACAAGUGCUACAACGUGGAGAUCAUGCUCUGCUACCGGAGGCACUUUGGGAGUGACGAGACAGAGGACGACAACAAGGAGCAUGAUGCCUAUCUGUCCUACACAAGAGUUGAGCUGGAUUCCAUGGACAGGGGCUCCAGUGAAGAGGAGCAGUUUGCUCUGGAGAUCCUCCCAGAUGUUCUGGAGAAACACUACGGAUACAAGCUCUUCAUCCCCGACCGGGACCUCAUCCCCACCAGUCACAGCAUCUACAUUGAGGACCUGGCGCGGAGCGUGGAGCAGAGCAGACGGCUCAUCAUCGUGUUGACUCCUGAGUUUGUGGCCAAGCGUGGCUGGAGCAUCUUCCAGCUGGAGACUCGGCUCCACAGCAUGUUGGUGACCGGGGAGAUCAAGGUGAUUAUGAUCGAGUGUGCCAACCUCAAGAGCGUCAUCAACUACCAGGAAGUGGAGGCCCUGAAGCACACCAUCAAAGUCCUCUCCAUCAUCAAGUGGAGGGGCCCCAAGAGCAAUGAGCUCAAGUCUAUGUUCUGGAAGCAGGUGAUAUACGAGAUGCCGGUGAAGAGGAAAGAGAUGCUGUCUCGCCGGCAGGUGCUAGACUCCAGGGAGCAGGGUCUGUUCGGCGACCUGCAGACGGUCUCCACCAUCGCCAUGACGACCACAUCUGCCUCGAUGGUGCCCGCCCACCACGCUGAGAUUCCAGACUUUAACCAGACCAGCCACCCUCAGAUGAGACACUACUGCACCCGUAGCUACGAGUAUAAGAUGCCUGCCUCCCCCGUGCAGAUAGCCACCUUGAGUAACCGUCACAUAUACUGCAAUAUCCCCAUGACGCUGCUCAACGGACAGGUGACUCAGAACAACACGAUGGGAAAGAGCAAGCAGGAGAUCCACUUGAACAGCACUUUCGUCCCUCUAUCUGGGGGAGAACACACAAGUGAUAUCUGGUAGAGUGAUAUCCAGCUUGAUGCCACAUCUCUUAUGUCUUUGUCUUUUAUCUGCAUGAAGAUUCAUUUAGACAAAACACUGAUCUAAAACCAUUCUGCACACAAUCAUUUCUCGCUGACUAUUUUCAUUAGCGGUUAAAUGUUUUCUGGAUUUGUCUUUUUUCGUUCAGUCUUUAAAGAAAUCAAGGACAAAGGGAGUUGCUCCAGUCAUCAUUUUCUUACUUGAAAAAUGUCUCCUUUUUUGAGAUGAGUAAUAAAUGAAAAAACCUUGUUUUUAAUGUUCAAGGUAUUGUUAUUAUGUACAGUUUUCAUAUCUUCUAUAGACAUUCAUGAUGAUUCCUUUAAGAUUUUAAUGGUGUGAGUAUGUGAGUGAAUCCAAAUUGAAAGAUUCUGACCUGUGAUUUUUUCAUGGGAAAAGGGAACGUUUCUCAUUGCAGCACAAUUCUGUCAAGAUGGACUGAAAACAUUCUCUGUGAGCUUUAAAAAUGUUACAGUAUAUUUAAGCAAAUCAAUAAUGUUUGAAUUUACACAAGCUAUUGUCAUUGUUUGAGGCCAAUUAAAUAUGAAUAUUUGAAUUGUUUAAUGCAGUAUUUGUUUGAGUUGUAGUCUGUGACUAGUUGCUGUCUCUUGAGUUCUGCCUGUUACUUUGCUUAUUUUAGUUGUACAAAACAAGAAGCCUUUUUCUCUGCUGAAUUCCUCCCCUGCUUCACCUGCCUUCCUUCCUCUGUUGGCCAUAUUGUUUUCAGAUGGCCAUUGAGUUGUCUUUUUGAGGAUGAGCCGCUCUCCAAAUGGUACAGAUGGACUCGGCGGUGCUUUCGGAAACGAUGGUAGUUUUGACUGAAUGUAUUGUAGAAAUUAAAGGCAACUGGAAUCACCUGAGAGAUAUUUGCAUUUGUAUCUAUUUUAUUUUAUUGAUUUCAUUUGCUAAAUGAGAAGAGAAUAGUCUUAUAGAAUCAUCCUCUUUUCAGUUGCUCUGCUAUUUUGAUCUUAGAAAAUGAAUCCUAUUUGUCUGCAAUGAUUUGUAAUAUAGCAGCCUCUAUCUGUCUCAUUGAGUUAUAGAGGUAUGAUCAGCCUCUAAUCUGUCUCAUUGAGUUAUAGGAAUGAUCAGCCUCUAAUCUGUCUCAUUGAGUUAUAGAGGAAUGAUCAGCCUCUAAUCUGUCUCAUUGAGUUAUAGGAAUGAUCAGCCUCUAAUCUGUCUCAUUGAGUUAUAGAGGAAUGAUCAGUCUCUAAUCUGUCUCAUUGAGUUAUAGAGGAAUGAUCCGUCUCUAAUCUGUCUCAUUGAGGUAUAGAGGAAUGAUCAGCCUCUAAUCUGUCGCAUUGAGUUAUAGGAAUGAUCAGCCUCUAAUCUGUCUCAUUGAGUUAUAGGAAUGAGCAGCCUCUAAUCUGUCUCAUUGAGUUAUAGAGGAAUGAUCAGACUCUAAUCUGUCGCAUUGAGUUAUAGGAAUGAUCAGCCUCUAAUCUGCCUCAUUGAGUUAUAGGAAUGAUCAGCCUCUAAUCUGUCUCAUUGAGUUAUAGGAAUGAUCAGCCUCUAAUCUCUCUCAUUGAGUUAUAGAGGAAUAAUCAGCCGAAAUGCCAAGAUUGUAACAAAGAUGACUUGGUGACCUUCAAGAGUAAACUAAAACACUAACGGCAGGAGGUCAAAGAGAUUGCAGCGAUCAGUUUGAACCGUUGUUGAACUGCCCACGGAUGUCUUCUUCAACACCAGUUAUACAUCGUAUAAGUUUAUUUAAUGCCUUUUUGUCUGUUUGCAAGCUGAUGGAUUUUGAUAGAGCAUCAAUGUGCAUUCUCUACUUAUAUGAUGAAAUCAAAUUUUGUUGGACCCUUGCGAAUGGCUGUAUAUUAAAUCA